AUGCUUCCUGUUCAUUCUUUAAAGAGAAAAUCUUUAUCUUGUGGCUUUUUGAGGAGUUUGGGCACUAGCCUGAGAAAUCAAGGUGUUUGGAGCGAUUUUUCAUCGAGACCAAGAAGCCUAAAAGUACAAUCAGAGGUUAACGACGGCUUAUUUCAUGGUAUCAAUGAGAAAACAGGACCAUUUUCUUAUAAGGAGCUUGAUCGUAAAUUAGCAUAUCACUCGCCAGUUCUCAUUGAUGAAACCUUUAAGCUAGCCUACAAGGAAUUAGAGAAUGAGAGUCAAAAAAUAUAUGAAGAAAUUAAAGAGUUAAAUAAAUCUCUCGAAAAUACCAAAGAGACGUCCGAAAAGCAUCGUAUCAAAGAUGAAAUAGAUCACCUUCUUAUAUUGGCUGAGUCUAGAAACCCAGAAGUCAUGUAUAAUGCUGAGUUCAAUUUGGGCAGUGUCGAUAAGAGCCAUCCAGUUUACAGGAAUAUUUUGAAGAAAAAAUGGGAAUCAUAUGAUUUAAUGGUCACAAUGCAAAGGUUGGAACAGUUGCAUGUUAUACCUGAUACAUUGCCUACUUUAAACCCGCUAGUAGAUGUCAAGGUCAGAUUUCCACACAAUGUGGAUAAAGAGUUUGCUGGCUGGGUCACCCCUGGUGAGAUAUUACCAUCCUUCGCAGUGUCCCAACCUCCGGAAAUUUUGAUACAAGAGUUCGAAAGAACAGAUGCUAAAAACUUGUAUUCUGUCUUGAUAGUAAAUCCUGAUACACCUGACGUAGAGAAGAACUCCUUCACGACAACUUUACAGUAUGGGCUCGCAAAUGUUCCAUUAGAUGCUGUUGAUAAUCUUAUAAGCAUUAAGAAGCUAAUGGAAAAAGGGGAAGAAUACACAUUUAAUGCAUAUAUCCCAAUAUUACCUGAAAAGAAUGCUUCAACACAGAGAGCAUGCGUUUGGGUCUUUAGGCAAUCAAAAAAGCUUUCUAUCGAUGGAGAUAUUUCUAGCGAUAAGUUUGAUAUUAGGUUCUUUGUCGAACAAAAUGGUUUAUUGCCUGUUGGUGCCCAUGUUUGGAGACAACAUUUUGAUAGAAGCGUCAACAGAAUCAGAAGUGAUUAUGGUCUUGAAAAAAAUAGAGUCUUCCACCGGGUACGCAGACCUAAUCCUGUUAUUGAAUAA